UGCGGGCCCUCCCGUUGGCUGCAGGGCGCGUCCCCCUGCGCAAAGCGACGUCACGGCCGCUCCUGCAACCGUGAAUGAAUCCAACGCGCCGGGUGACCGCGGCCUCCCGGCACGCGAAGGCCCGAGCCAGACGCCUCCGUAGACUGCGCCCCCCGGGCCGGGUCCGAGGGACCAUGCAGAGCGCAGCGGUCUCGGCGGAGGGGGCGGUCGUGAAGGCGCUCCCGGAGAUGCUCGGUGUGCCGGUGCCACAGAUCCCCCAGUGCGCCGGCUGCAACCAGCACAUCCUGGACAAGUUCAUCCUCAAGGUCCUAGACCGGCACUGGCACGGCUCCUGCCUCAAGUGCGCCGACUGCCAGAUGCCGCUGGCCGACCGCUGCUUCUCCAGGGCCGGGAGCGUCUACUGCAAGGAGGAUUUCUUCAAGCGCUUCGGCACCAAAUGCACGGCCUGCCGGCAGGGGAUCCCCCCGACCCAGGUGGUCCGCAAGGCCCAGGACUUCGUCUACCACCUGCCCUGCUUCUCCUGCAUCAUCUGCCAGCGGCAGCUCGCCACGGGCGACGAGUUCUACCUCAUGGAGGACGGGCGGCUCGUGUGCAAGGAGGACUACGAGACGGCCAAGCAGAACGAUGACUCGGAGGCCGGCAGCAAACGGCCGCGCACGACGAUCACGGCCAAGCAGCUGGAGACCCUGAAGAACGCCUACAAGAACUCGCCCAAGCCCGCGCGCCACGUGCGGGAGCAGCUGUCCUCCGAGACGGGCCUGGACAUGCGGGUCGUGCAGGUUUGGUUCCAGAACCGCCGGGCCAAGGAGAAGCGGCUGAAGAAGGACGCGGGCCGGCACCGCUGGGGCCAGUUCUACAAGAGCGUCAAGCGCGGGGGCCGUGGCGGGAAGCAGGAGCGGGAGAGCUCGGCCGAGGAGUGCGGGGUCAGCGACAGCGAGCUCAGCUUCCGGGAGGACCAGAUUCUGUCCGAGCUCGGCCGCUCCAACAGGCUCUACGGGAACGUGGCGGAUGUACCCGCCGGACAGUUGGUGAGCGCCGGCUUCUCCGUGGACGGGCCGGGCCAGCACUUCCAGGACCUGCGGGACGGGAGCCCCUAUGGCGUCCCCCAGUCCCCAUCCUCCAUCUCGUCCCUGCCGGCCCACGCGCCGCUGCUCAACGGGCUGGAUUACGCCGUGGACAGUAACUUGGCCGUCGUGGCGCACGGCGGCGGCGGCCCGGGCGUCGGCCAGACGCUGCGAGCACUGACGGGCGGACCCACCUCCGACAUCUCCACGGGCAGCAGCGUGGGCUACCCCGACUUCCCCACCAGCCCCGCCUCCUGGCUCGAUGACAUGGAGCACCCGCCCUUCUAGACGCGCUUGCCCUGCCCCCUGCUGCCCAUGCCAGAGACACGGGAGGGAGGAACAGCCACGGAACAGCCACAGCGCACCGCGGGCCAUGUCCGCGAUUUGCAGUAGCCACGAUUUGCAAUGUCCACGAUUUGUGAUGUCCACAAUAUGCAGUGGCCACAAUUUGCGAUGUCCACAAUUUGCAAUGUCCACAAUUUGCGAUGUCCACAAUUUGCAGUGGCCACGAUUUGCAGUGGCCACGAUUUGCAGUGGCCACGAUUUGCAUCGGCCACGAUUUGCAAUGACCUCAGUUUGCAACGUCCAUGGUUUGCGGGUCACGGGAGCACAGAGUCGGGCCAGCUGCUCUUCCCCAGGGCCGAGGGGGGCCACAGUCUCCUGCUCCCUGGACAGAAGUGGCACCAGGGUGCAGA